CCAAACUCCUGGGCAGAGAAUGAGAGAACACCAAACGCAAAAUUAUCAGUCAAGCAACUGGACCUGCCAGUCUGAUAUCAUACAUUUUAAUUUCUGUUGGUGUCCAGGUGUUUUAUUGUAAUAAAAAUGGCCACGUCUGCCAGUGCUCAGUUGAGUAAAGUGGUAAAAGGGCAGUAUAUGGAACUGCCUCAGGGAGACCAAGUACAAGCCAUGUAUAUCUGGAUAGACGGAACUGGAGAAGGACUGCGAUGCAAGACCAGGACGCUGGACUCUGAGCCUAAAAGCAUUGAAGAUCUUCCUGAGUGGAACUUUGAUGGUUCCAGCACGUAUCAAUCUGAAGGCUCCAACAGCGACAUGUAUCUCAUCCCCUCUGCCAUGUUUAGGGAUCCUUUUCGCAAAGACCCCAACAAAUUGGUCUUGUGUGAGGUGCUAAAGUACAACCGGAAGUCUGCUGAAACCAACCAUCGUCAUACAUGUAAAAAGAUCAUGGAAAUGGUAGACCAUCAGACCCCUUGGUUUGGCAUGGAACAGGAGUACACUAUCCUUGGUACAGAUGGACAUCCGUUUGGUUGGCCCUCCAAUGGGUUCCCUGGUCCCCAAGGACCUUAUUACUGUGGAGUUGGAGCAGAUAAAGCCUAUGGCAGAGACAUUGUGGAGGCACAUUACAAAGCCUGCCUCUAUGCUGGUGUGAUGAUCUGUGGAACCAAUGCUGAAGUUAUGCCAGCCCAGUGGGAAUUCCAGGUUGGCCCCUGUGAAGGCAUCAACAUGGGGGAUCAUUUGUGGGUAGCUCGUUUCAUCUUGCACCGAGUUUGUGAAGACUUCGGUGUGGUGGCCUCAUUUGAUCCUAAGCCAAUAUCCGGCAACUGGAAUGGUGCUGGUUGCCACACUAACUUUAGCACCAAGGAAAUGCGGGAAGAUGGUGGGCUGAAAUGCAUUGAGGAGUGUAUUGAGAAGCUCGGAAAGAGGCACAACUACCACAUCCGUGCCUAUGAUCCAAAAGGAGGCCUGGACAAUGCUCGUAGACUGACUGGCCACCAUGAAACCUCCAACAUCCAUGAGUUCUCCGCAGGCGUAGCCAACCGUGGUGCUAGCAUCCGCAUCCCGCGAACAGUGGGACAAGAGAAGAAGGGCUACUUUGAGGACCGCCGUCCAUCUGCCAACUGUGACCCCUAUGCGGUCACUGAGGCCCUGAUUCGCACAUGUUUGCUUGAUGAAGAGGGUGAAGAACCUGUGGACUACUAGACCCCUCUUUUCCUGGACUGAACUUCCAUUCCCCCCCC